AUCUCCCUUUUUACCACGAGAACAAAGUACAGCUCAAAAUGGCUGUUGUGAAACAGCUGUGUGACAGUGUUGUCCAACAUAAAGAGUAUUUUAUUUUUUAAAAGUGAAUAAUCCACUGUACUGUCAGUCAGAAGAAACAACGAGCAGAACACGGAGAGAAAGGUUCUUCUGGCUUGUCCUGGUAGCAGUCUCUUGAAGUGCUUGUUCCCAUGCGUCAGUUCUAGUUUAUUACUGGCAUGGCUCCCACUUGUUUAUCUUCACACUUGUCAUCCAGACCAAACAGUACCUGAUUAGUAGACAGUUAGAGCACAUCUCCGGAGCUGUCCCGAGGGUCAGCACAAUCCGGAACACCACUGCACCAGGGCUGCGAGAGGAAGGGAGUGUUUUGACAAUUUAGGAUUGGAGGCUCAGCCUCUAGAACAGGAGAGAGAGAAAAAGACGGGCCCAGACUCCAACCGAGAGAACCUUAUAUAAGAACCUGUGGAGUUUCUGAACUCUAGGUCACGCAAGUGAGCUUAGACCAUCAUCCAUCAUGGCAUGUCCGACGAAGAGCCUCCAGUUUAGGACCAUUGCUCCUAAAGUGCCUUCCUCUGUCGUUGGGCCAGCUGUCCUGUCAUGUCAGCCCUCCCUGCCCGAUGCUCAAGCGACCAGCCCGAAGUCCAUUAUCAUGCCAGCUCAGAAAUACCCUCUGAUGCAGGUUGCCAGCCAAGAGGGGACCUUUUCCCUUGUAGCCUUGUCUCCACCUGUGACGCCUCAGUCACCCCAGCAGAUCCAGAGAAACAUGACCUUCCCGAAAAACAUGAAAUUGCCAAUCCCAAGGUACCAGGCCAUGAGAAACAAGCCCACUCCGGAGAAGGCUGCAGCAGCUCAGACAGCUCACAUGUUCACACCUGCCAAACAUGUGACACAAGCUGUUCAGAUGCAGACUUCUGUCUCCCCUGCUGAGACUCCCUCUAAAGUAGAAGGAUCCGAGCGAGUUAUAUUAAUCGACCCCAGCUCCAAUGAAAUCACUGUCACCACAUUGCUUACUGGGAGCACUGUCUUGGGGUCUUCUGUAGAAAAGCCAGCAGACACAGAUAAGGCAGAUAUAGACCCAACCAUCUGCAGUGUUUCGCAACACCUCCACUCUGGAGCAAAUGCUGCUGAACCAAACAGCAGCACUUAUCUGAAAGACUCUGAGGAUGAAGCCGAGAAGUUAAAACAACACCUAUCAAAGCCUUCUAACUCAUCCAAUACCAUAACUGUUCUCUCGCCAGCGAUUUUUGGCAAAGCUGUCCAGAUUAUUCCAUCUGCUCCUAAAGUGAAAGUGCCCAUCUUGCCCUACUCCAAAGUAAAAAACACCUUGUACCUGGUGACUAAAUUGAACUCGAAAUCGCCAGAGAAGACAACGUCUACCUUGAAGUCUAAUCUACGCAAAACAGCAGAACAUGCGCCAAAGCCUCUGGAAGCUUCCGAUGGAUGUUAUCUAGCUUCCUCCCCGUCGCAGGGCACCUCACAGCAGGCAAAUACAAAGUGUCUUGCUAGCAGCUUUGGAAAAGUGCUUGCAGAUACAUUUCAAAAGCCGACCACCGGCACCAGUAGAAAAAGGGGAAGGAAAAGAAAGGCCGUUGAGGAUGUACUCGCUUCGGAGGCUAAGAAGAAGAGAUCGUUCUCUUUUAAGAGACGAUAUCCAGACAAACCAUUGCCAGAAAGCAGCGGAUCCAAGGAGAAGGCACUAGAUAUUUCCAAGAAGUAUCGCAGUAUCAGGCCUAAACCUGUUGCACUGGCAGAAGCUCUUCCUCAUGUGACGGGUCUCAAUCAACUCCCUGAGUGUUUGGAACAUGAGUUUUUUACAAACCAUAGAUUUGCAGGUAGAGUUUUAGACUGUCAGCACUUGGACAACAUUACUGACAAGUAUGAAUCUAUGAAAACUAGUAAUGUAUACCUUGGGUGUAAGCAGUUGCACAGGUGCCCCACCUGCAACCGUUGCUUUCAGUUUAAACACCACCUCCAAAGCCAUAUGAAUAGUCACAAUAACAGCCGUCCUUACGUUUGCCCCCUGUGUCAUAAGAUGUACGCUCAUUCGGGCAGCCUGAGCACGCACAUGAAGCUUCAUCACAGCGAAGGCCAUCACAAAAAAAACAUGCGCUGUGAGUUCUGUAAUAAAGUUUUUGGCUACAUCGGAGUCUACUUCAGACACCUGAAGGAAGUCCAUAAGGUGAUUCUUAGUUUAGAGCCGUCUGUUCGGCAAAAUCAAGUUGAAGUUGACACUGCAAAUGGGGGGAGUAAUUCCACAGAUUCCAGUGACGACCCAAUUCAGAGUCAAGAGGAACAGGCGGAGCUGCAGAUCAAGUGUGGCCGCUGCCAGACCAUCACGCCCACCUUUGCGGAUAUGAAGCUGCACCUACUGUAUGUUCAUGGGGAGGAGAUCCAGGUGAGGCUCAAGGACGGGGUCCUCCAGGGAGGCAGAGAGGCUGAAAGCGAGCUGGUCAAGCAUGCAGCCCACUAUUGGAAACAGCUGAACGAGAAGAGGAACCUUGUCAAGUGUGGAAGCUGCAAGGAGGAAUUCUACUCCUUCUCAAAACUGAAGAAGCACAUAUACUCCCAUCACCUAGGUGAGUUUGCAACGAAAGUGGAUAGUGCAGCAUCUGAAAACACACACAGGGACCACGCUCAGAACACCAGCCCUGAGCUGCUUGACAAGAGCAUUACACUGAGGGCAGAGAGGGGUUUCAACUGCAUCUUGUGCACAGGGGUCUUGGCCAGUAAGGAGGAGCUGUUUGAUCACUGGCAGUCUCAUCACAACUGCGAGGACCUUGCUGUGCUGUGGAUGGUGGUGAGCGCUUUUAUGGAGCGAGAGGAAGUCAACCCUUCCAGUGAAAUCCCUGAAAGGUAGUCAGCAUAUCACCCCACACAGCGCUGGGGGCUAGAACAACUCUUUCAGAAGGGGCUACAGAGAAUCUAAGGGGCAUUUAUUCCUGGAGAAAACAAUAGAUUUAAUAUAAGCCUACUGAACAUCUUUGAAAUUAUUUUCCCAAGACACUAGUGCCAAAAGUGCCUUAUGGAAUGCUUAAUGCAAUGUAAACCUAGCCUAUCUAAGAUAAGGAUGCAAAAGAUUGUAGUUAAAUAAUAAAGUUAAAUCAGAUUUUUCUUAUUGAAAAAAAGUGUAAAUGUUCUUGCCUUGGUCAUCUAACAAUUCUGGUAAAGUACAAGCAUCUAAGGAGUACACGAGUUUUAAACAUGUGUAGUAAUGUAUAUAUCCCUGUUAAAUUGGUUAACUUAAUUUAGUUUUGUUGGUUUGUUGCUCAAUGGUACAAUAGUGUUUAAAGAGAAAUGUGUGCCAGAAUGAUUUUCUGAACGUUAGCAUUCAAUCUGAACUAUAUAUACAGUUCAUAUAUACUGUAUAUAUAUACAGAGGUCGGCAAUAAUAUUAAGAACCCAUAGCAGCUCUGAAGUUGUAUAAUUGGUGCCUGAGUCAAAUGUAUAAAAGACACCAUUGAAAUAAUCCAUGGGAGUGUGCUUCAGAGGAAUAUUUAAAUAUAAAAAUAUGAAGGAUGUGGAACGGGCAGUGCUGUGUGAUACACUGCCUUUACUGGUUCUGUCCUAUCCCCUAUGCCAUUACAAGCUCAAAAGCCACGAAUGCAGAGGAGCCCAGCUCUUGCAUUGUGGUCGAGACACUCACUUGAGGUGUGCGAGAUCACCGGUUUGCGCCCAGCCACCGUCUUGUUAAUAUCUAUUUGCAUUUUUAUUUCCUAAAAAUCAAUAGGAACCUAUAAUAUUUGAAAGCUGCACAUGCUGUUCUAAAACAGAGUUGGGGCUGGCAGAAUUGAAAGGCUGAUUUAGAGAAAAAAUAUAAUAAUUUUGGUGCAACAGAAUGCAGAAUCAUGUAACAUGAUUGCAAGCAUCAUUAAAUGACAAGAGGAAUGUACAAAAUCAAUCAAAAUGAAAUCUGAAGUACUGCACUGCAUAAUAUCCAGUGCUCAGCAUUUUAACCAUGACUCCCACAAAUGUACUGUCUUAUGGUGAGCUUGAUCCUUUUCUGAAGUAAGUAAUAUUAUAAAUAGUGGAUAGAUAUAAAUUAUGAUUUCAAAAACCACUUGUCUUAUUGUUAAUGUUUGAUAAUGAUCUGGUUAUGUUAUUUUUCUAUUGGUAUGGGAAAGCGAAUUAUGUUAAAUAACCAUUCCUUUGUAUUUUAGGCCCCACCCAUUCAAUGGCUCUAUUCAUCUCUAUCAACAAAUUCCAGGCUGCAAAUAGACCUUGAUCUAUUUGAGGCUCCACCUCAGCAGACACUGUAUGCACAUGACCUCACCAGAUCUAGGUCUAGGUAGUAAAGUGAGAUGGAUCCUGGUGGUCAGGAUUCAGAUCUCUUCUUGAUUUGGAUAGCCAUGUGUGUUCUGCUGUCUGACUCUGCUGCUUUGUAAGAUAUCCUCCAGAGGGAGUUGCUUUACAGUCAGAAGCUGUCAUGGCAUCUUGAACAUCAGUGUCAACCCAAGAGACCUACAGCAUGGCGCCAUGGGGGUCUCAGCACAACUUCCACUAGCAAUGCAAGCUGCACAUGUCUGCACCCAUUCUGUCCUUUUUGUUCAGCUGGAAUUUCUAUAUUACAACCACUAUUGGGACUGAUUACAUCUUUAAGUCUUUAUAGAGUUGGUCCUAAUAGAGGAAUAUUGUCAUAUUGUCUCCGUGUGGAAUGAGAAUCACAGAGUACAGUCUUAAUGGUGAGUUGGUCACAAAAAGGUGUAUGUGUUCAUGUUUUUUUUUUUCCUUUAGUGUUGUCUAUAUGCUGUACUUAUGGUCUGGUUAGGCUCCUGUUCUUCUAGAUAUCAAAGGUUACAAAUGGUACAGAUGGACAACAAACAUAGGCUACCUCACAGUAACCUUGGUGCCCCGGAGAGCUGAUUACCAUCUGGUACUUGUGCAUGGUUCUCUUCAAUGUAGGCAAAACUGAUGUUCUUGCUUUCCGUCUGCGUACACGCACGUGCCUAAAUAAUGAGCCUGCGUUAACGGAAAGCACUAUGUGGGCAGAUUUUGCUAUACAGUGUUACCUUUCUUCUGUGGAAGACUGCAGACAAUACCCAAGACAACAGGAUGGAUAUGUUCCUUUCAGGGAAUUUCAUUUGCUAGAGUGGUAACCUACAGUUACAAGGCACUCUUACAAAUAAGGUUAAUGAAAUAAAGCUUCCAGACAGCAGAAAGUACUGUCUGCGUAGGUAUAAAAAUAAAAAGGUUAUCAGGAUUACGUGCGGCCAAGCCUGAGCAUAUGGUUCCACAUUAAGAAAAUGUAUUUAUUUUACAAGUCUGCUACACACAUUUGCUAUUUAGCAGUUUGAGGGGUACAGCACAUACAUGCUGUCUAGCAAGCUUGUGACGCCUGUCACACAAAAGUAAAUAUUAUAUAAGUGGUCCAUUUAAGUGCACCACUUUCAGCCUGGCCAGGUAUUCAAAAUGUGUUGUUUAAAGUCAGAAUAUAUGAUACUUCAAUGUAUGCUUACUGUUACCCUUUUAAGAGUGGGUUUUAGGAAACGUUGCCCCUUUAAAUAUGUUGGAGGACCUUGACCUUUAUAAACCCUGAACUAAUGCACUAUGGGACAGCACCUUUUCCUGUUGGGAGUUUGGACUCUGGUUAGUUUGCUGCUGAAGGUUUGUCGUCGGGUAUUUCAUGUGUACAGGUUCACUAAACUUAGAUGUGUUAAUGCAAAACUGCAUAAAGUUAGAUGUAUACUAUGUUUAUCUAGCUUUAGUUUUUUACAGUUUUAGUCAAUGGUCUUUGUUUAGCAAACGUUGCUGGCACUUAUUUUUCCUUUUUCAUUGCUAUUUCCUGGAGGAAAACAAGACAUUCCAUUGGAUUUUGGAUUACAGCUGUGUUUUUUGGACUUUGUGUUGUCUUUCUGGAGCGCUCAUGGACAACCACAGAAACCGAUGAGACCGAACUGAUUUAUUAUUAUUCUUUUACGGCGGAUGUUUGUUUAAUUUCCUUUUACUUUAUUUUUGUUGGUGGAUUACAAACUGAAUUUUGAUUUUUGGGUUUUUUUCUAUUUUUUGUUUGUUUAUGAUACUGGACUAUUAUUUUGGGACAUUUCUACUGGACAUUAUUUUUUACUUAUUUAUUGCCUCUGUAGGCUUACCAGUGGAUUUACCACCGUCCUAUUUCUGUUUCAACUUGGUUUUAUGUGCAUGGGUCAGCAGCUACCCGAGGUACUGUGAGUCAUAAAAUUGUUUGGUAAUCUGUGUGGCUUGGACAGAUGUUUUUGAAAUUAAAUGUUUUGCACUCAAACGAACCUAGCAAUCCUAUUUUUUGCUGUGUAUCUGCCUUUCUGCCAUCUACUUUUUAUGUCAUUUUUAAGGAGUUUUUGGUAGUAACCAAUUCUUAUUCUGGGAAUGUUGUGUUGGCCUUUUGGGUCAAAGGUAGAUUGUUACAAACUCAGUCCCUCAGACUUGGCUGUUACUCGUUUGUUUCCCGAAGCGGGGGCACGCAUCCCACAUACAGUAUUGAACCCUGCAGUUCAGUGUUCCUGGAGCUUUGCAAUUCAAUAGACAAAUACUGACAUUACCGACUCCAGCUCCCAUUUGACGGGUUCAUUAGCUCAAGCUGAAGGUGAUGUAGUACUGGUAUGUAUAUAAUAAAAAGGGGGCUUUUGUUUUGUCUAUUGUUCCUAUCCUUUUUUGUUACAUAAUUCAUUUUGUAGCAAUUCUUGUAAGUGGUAUUUAUGUCUUUGGCCGUACCGCCAUGUAAAAAUGAAAGCUCUUAAACUACUCCGAGCCUGUCCACCUUUCUUGUGUCUAACGAAUGAUCUUGUGGCUCAAUUAAUUUAGCUGAUCCAUCUCUCCUCCCUCCACCAGUAUACUGUAACAAGGAUUCCUGCAAUGCGUCUCCCCAGGGAAAGCUUGGAUCUGAUUUCUGCAGUCAGAAUCAAUUACACUCAUCCAUUUUUCUCUGCAGCAUUUAGAUGAGUCACAUUCUUCAGGCACAGUUCAAGCAUACAGUCAAGUCUCCUGGGUUGCAUGCCUCCUGGGUUCAGCAACCCCACUGUCAGCAGAGAAAAAUCAUUCCCUUUUGCAGAUUGCAAAAAGAAAAAAAAAAAGUGGAUAAAUCCGUACACAUAGAAAAGCAAUCUAAAUGAUAAGGUAUAAAUAAACUUGUCUGCUCAGCAGUAGUGGGUGUAUCUAUAUAGGGUGAUCAUAACGGCAUUGGCCACUUUGUAUUGCCGCUGUGGUUUACUGUAGAGCUGUGAACCCAGGGAGGUGGAGGCUGCAGAUGGUAGGCAAAAAGAGCUCCUUUUCAAGAGGAUUACUGACCAUCGCUAAUGGUGGUUGGGCGUUUACUCGUGACCCUUUAUUUUCACUCCUGCCAAGUCUUCAUAAAAGGUUUCAGAUUUUGGCAAAUUUGGUGUACCAAUCCAGCUUGGGUUCCACCCCCAAUUCAUUUACAUUUUACUUCCUCCAUAAUGUUAAAAAGGAUGCCGGAUUCUGAAAUAGACAGGUUACGGACUGUAGAGGGUAUAACACCAUCCAGGAGAGGGGCUGGAUUAGACAAGUUUUACUGUAUUUUGAAAGAGGAACAUGAAGUCCCGUCCGAAUGUCUUCGCCAAUGUUUUUUUUACCCUGUUUUUCUCACCAAUUUGUUAUUUGUAGCCCUGUUCACUGCUGCAACCCCCUGGUGACUCGGGAAACAGAGGCUGGAACACGCGUCCUCCGAAACAUGCUCCUGCUAAUCUGUCUUUUUUUCACACUGCGGAUCCACAGCAAGGCCACCAAACCUAUAGUGCUGGAGGACAACACAGAUCUGAUGGCUCCACUGCAGAACCGCAGGUGCCCUAUCAGCCACAGGGGUCGCUGAUGUGUAGUGAACCGUGGAUUGCCCUGCCGACCUAAGCCCUCCCUACCCGGGCGGCACUCGGCCAAUUGUGCGCCAGCCCUAGGAACCCCCGUUCACGGUCGGCAGUGACAUAGCCUGGAUUCAAACCUGCAAUCUCCAGGCUAUAGGUCGCAUCCUGCACUCCACGCGGAGUUAUGUCCAUAUUUUUAUCCCAGAUAAUUUUCUCGGAGAUGCUCCGAUUUGUUUUACUCCUGUUUUACUCCUGUCUGUCUUUUUACUCCUGUGCGAAUCGAUCAUGUCAGUGUUAUGUUAGAAUUGGUACAGCAUUUCCGGGGUAUUCGCCUCAAAGCAACACCAGGAGUGCGUUCAAUGAGCAGAGCGCCCCAGGGCGUUGCAUAGCUUUUCCUAUUGAACGAUGUGCACAGCGCGAGCGCUUCCUAACAGUAAUGAGCCGAGUUAAGAGCUGCCUCGCUGGAGGUUCAAAAUGGCCGAACUGCAUCAUCAGUGCACUGGCUGCAAAUUGAUUUUUUCAAAUAUGGAUAUGUAUGAACAACACGUGUGAUAAGUAAUAUUUUUGUUGUCAUUUUGGCUUUUUAAAACUGAUUAUGAUAUUUUAUUUUUUUUUAAAUGACGAUUGUAUUACAAAAUAAAACAUGGACAAUUUAUAACUUGACAAAUAUGAUUCACGCCCCAAGAUGCUAAACCAAAAAAAAAGUGUUAGUAACUUUACAUUACAAAAAUACAGUAGCAGUAAUUACAUUUAAAAAAAUAUAUUAAAAAAAUUGCAAAACUCACUUAAGCAACUUUUUUAAUACACAGUGAUGCAUUGCCUGCAAUUGUGAAACUGCUUGCUCCUAACACACCGUUCAAUAACUGCUAACAUAUAUUACGGGCGCCACGAGAGAGCAUUCUGCUUAUUGAACGCGCCCCAGACUUUACAAUAAACCAUAAUAUAAUAUUACAAUUGAUACAAUCAGUAUCAAUACAGUUCAGUAAAACCCAAUGAUUG